AAUCAACCACAACAAACAUCCAAAUGCAUUUUCCAUCUCCCUUUCUCCACCAAACAUGACUUUAGUUGAAAAUGCUUAAUGCCCACAUUCUCUCUCAUCUCACUCUCACUUCUCUCCACCUCUACCUCCAGAUUCCAUGGCUAAGAGCUCAACUGAAUAAUUUUUCUUAUUUCCUCUCUUCAUCUACUUCAUACGAUUACACUCUCUCUCUCCUCGCUCGCCUCACUCUCUAUCCUUCUCCUCCAUUGAGUCAUGACUUCCUCCUGUCUCCUAUCUUCAACCAGAAACACCACAACCAACAUCACCAUCCUUACCAAGUAUCACUACCAUAACUCGAACAAUGAAAAAAGAGAUUGUCUUCUUUUCAAACUUCAACUUCCACCACUAAAAUCGUCUCAUCCAAUUCUAAGGCUACGGACUUCAAAGUUCACCUACCCUCUAGCUUCUCUGUCUUCCUUUGCUGAAGCAGAAGGCCAAGAACAUGAAGAAGUUAUCACCACUCAUCAACAUAAUGUCGACGAUCACCAACAUGAUGAAGGAACGACAUCAAAUGAUUUACCAGGAAUGGCGAAAGCCUUUAACAUAUCAUCUAGAACAGCUGUUGCUAUAUCAGUUUGCAUAGCAUUUGCUGCUCUUACCUUUCCCUUCUUUAUGCAGUCCCUUGGUCAAGGGAUGCCCCUUAAGACAAAACUGCUUUCCUAUGCUACCUUGCUUUUCGGGUUUUAUAUGGCUUGGAACAUCGGGGCGAAUGAUGUAGCCAAUGCCAUGGGGACAUCUGUCGGCUCAGGAGCUCUGACGAUUCGACAGGCAGUUCUGACGGCUGCAGUUUUGGAGUUUUCCGGGGCACUUUUGAUGGGUAGACAUGUUACAAGCACAAUGCAAAAGGGGAUUCUUGUAGCUAGUGUAUUUCAGGGGAAGGAUACAUUACUGUUUGCAGGACUUAUUUCUUCACUUGCAGCUGCUGGUACUUGGCUACAGGUAGCAUCUUUUUAUGGCUGGCCAGUUUCAACUACUCAUUGCAUUGUAGGAUCAAUGGUUGGGUUCGGUCUUAUCUAUGGAGGAACUAAUGCUGUCUUCUGGAGCUCACUGGCAAAGGUUGCUUCUUCAUGGAUUUUUUCACCUGUAAUUGGAGCAGCUGUGUCCUUUCUUGUCUACAAAUGUAUCCGAAGGUUCGUUUACAGUGCUGAAAAUCCAGGACAGGCUGCUGCUGCAGCUGCACCAAUUGCAGUAUUCAUGGGUGUAACUGCAAUAUCCUUCGUAGCCUUCCCUCUUAGCACGACCCUUCCCCUAGCUAUAGCCCAAGCAUUGGCCUGCGGAUCUGUUGGAGCAGUUAUUGUCUACCGAAUGAUCAACAUACAACUGGGACCCCUUCUUGCCAAAGCCAAGUCAUCAUCAGCACAACAUAAAGACGAUCACCAUCCUGAUCAUCCAGAGCAGAAGAACAUUGGGUUCCUCUCUGACAUUGCUGGCCCUACAGGAACCCAAUUGGAGAUAGUUUACGGUGUGUUUGGAUAUAUGCAGGUUCUCUCGGCCUGCUUUAUGUCAUUUGCUCAUGGUGGAAACGAUGUCUCUAAUGCAAUAGGUCCCUUGGCUGCAGCAUUAUCUAUACUCCAAGGUGGGGCUAGUGCUGGAGGAGAGAUUCUAAUCCCAAUAGAUGUUCUUGCAUGGGGAGGGUUUGGGAUUGUAGCAGGUCUUAUGAUGUGGGGUUACAGAGUGAUAUCAACCAUUGGAAAGAAAAUCACAGAACUCACACCAACAAGAGGGUUUGCUGCAGAGUUUGCAGCUGCAUCAGUAGUUCUCUUUGCAUCAAAGCUAGGGCUGCCUAUCUCGGCCACUCAUACGCUAGUAGGUGCUGUAAUGGGAGUAGGGUUUGCCAGAGGGCUAAAUAGUGUCAGAGCAGAGACAGUUAAGGAGAUUGUCACUUCUUGGGCAGUGACAAUUCCUGUUGGUGGAAUCCUCGCAGUUUUAUACACCGCAAUCUUCACCAAGAUUUUAUCCUAUGUAUUAUGAUUAUGAUUCAACGACAGCAUUGACCAAAUUGGUUUAUCAGAUUAAAGUGAGAGAGUUUUGAUUUUGUAUGUGAGAACAGAAUGUUUCUCCUAGACGUAAUCUCUUAUUCGAGAUUGGAAUUUCAUGACUUCAUCAUUUCUUCUAUUUAUAA